GAUGGGGGACCAGAAGUUAACCUGUUACCAACGGGCGUUUGGGAUUUUGGAUGAGGUCAACUUCUACGUGGAGGUGGCGUUUUUGAAGCCCAUGCGGAUUUUUGUACCUAGUACGAGCAGUGCAACGUCACAGAAGGUACAAGAAACAGCGGCUGCAGGUGCUGUAGCUACUACUACAACAGCACCCGUAGUGUACCAGCAGCUUCCACGAACAGCAGCGUUUAUUUCCCCGACUUCAACAAGCGAAAUGGUAGACCAGGGCCGCCUAAUCUACACCCACUGCGACUACUUCAACGUGGCAUCGGAUCACGACGGGAAGUUGACCCCCCAUAGCUACGAAUUGCUGACGGAAAUCUACUUCCCAGAGUCCUUCUACCCGGUGAAGCCCUGCGCUUAUCCUGUGCAAAAGUAUCGGACUCGUAUUGCAAUCAUGCAUUACAAAUCCUGUUCUUAGGGUAAAUCCGCAUUACAAAUUUCAUUUCUCAUGCUGAGGAAAUUUGUAAUGCAUUUAUACGAAUGCGAUACUUUUGCAAAGCAUAGCACCGCGUGGUCGACGAUGAUCAACUGCCCCGCAACGUUUGACUUGCUUGCGGAAUACGAUUUGCCCUAUAAGAAGAAGGAGGCGGUGAAAUUUACGGAAUUUGCAGCAAUAGGGACGAUGGGGGACUCUUUGGAGUAUUUCACAAUUCACGAAACCAUCUCCGCGCGGCACAGUCGGGGGGACACACCUUACCCCUUACCGGGGAUAACUCGGCAGUCUGUUUUUGCAAAAUUAGCGGAUGAGGCAGAGAAAGAACCGGACCGGGAAAAGAGGAAAACGACCCUCGAUCAGCUCUCCGCCGAUGUUCUCGCGGCGUCGCAAACGGGGGAUAUCACUGCGAUAGACCACCCAGCGGCGGUUGUGACCGGGCCGGCAGCUGUGACAGGAGUUGGGGCGCCGUGCGGGUUUGUCGGGAACUCUGUGAAGACGACGUCGUCGUUGUCACCCGCCGGAGCAAGAGCGGGUGAUCCACCACCUCCUACGACUUGCGAUCGCGUCCACGUGGUUUCUUCUUCAAGCUAUUUGAAACCGACGGUGUUCGAUAAAGGUGAGUACGAAAAUUUCGGGGCGCAGAAAAAACCCGCACUGCAUCUGAUCACUGCGGGGAAUCAGAAAGCGUUGCAAGAGCUAGUAGCGAAGUACUUUGGGGUUCUUUCUGCUGCAACGAAUAGUACGAAAGGGCUUGUUGAUCCAGGAAGCGGGGGCGGCCUCGAGAUUAUACCAGAUGCAGUCACCUGUCCGAUCAACGACACCACAACCACGGCUACCCCUGCUGCUCAUGUGGUGACGCAAUGUAGUGCUGGUGCGAAAAUUAUGGACAGCGACAGUGACCAAGCAACGAAAACCCGAGGACCAGUGGAGACGAAAAUCGAGCAAGUGCAUAGUCUGAUCAAAGAGAAAUAUAGCGCGACAUCGCGCAAUUACGAGCAGUAUUUCCUGGAAGAAAUUGUGACGCCGCAAGUGCAGAAGAGAGACGCAAAGCAGAAACUCAUCCGAGAAGCGACUGGGAUUAAAACUAAAAGCACAGGUGCUGUCGUGACAAGAAGCCCGCCAAGCGCAUCAACGAACCCAGGUGCUGAAUCUACUGCGCAAAAAGAAUCUUCCGCAGAGUUGUGGAAAAACAGUUUUGGCACCCAGAUUACGUUCCGUUUCUGUCACGAGACGGUAAGGAGGAAGGCGAAUGAAGUCGGAGAGAUACCCUGCGUGGUGAUUCACGUGUGUCUGGAAUGGUUAUCGAAGCAUAAGUUUGUGAAGGAAAAGGUUUCGGACAUUUUUCCCGUCGCGCACACAAACAGCGAUAUUGCGCCAACACCAACAGCUGCAAAUGACCCUUCGUCAUCGUCACCUGAAAUACACGAAACAAUAUCCCGUGAGCAGCACACCAUUCGCAGCAAGCUCCACACUUCGGACACUUCCGACGUCGGCCAAAGUGAAGAUUUGGAGUUUUGGCUCCUCGAACAGGAACGGAACAUCGGGGAACUGCGGAAAAAAGAAUCUCUGUGGCUGUCGAAGUUCGAAUUCGACCACUACAAGAAGACCAUGCUCAGCGUUUGUGGCGGUGUUGGUCCGAUUUUGCUCGAGCAGUUAAUGCCACUAGAGAUUGUGAUGCUGUUGAGCUAUUACCCGGUAAACGCGAACAAGUACGCGUUUUUUGCCUCUUUGAUAAGGCAACACCCGAUCAACAGCCGGAAUUACUUCACAAACGAACUGGUGGGGUUGUUCGCGGACAUCAUGAUAUCGCCCGAAUCCUUCGCAGCGCAGGUAGAAAACAAGACGAAAAUCGGAGUACCAAGAGGCAUCGACUCGGUCUUACUCGAUUUGUACUUUGACGCGGCGAUGGAAAAUUUCUACGAAUUUGAAGUGCCUCGAGGGCCGGUUGGAUCGGGGAUAGGGAUUGUGAACGCCGUCGAACAAGUAGCGUCGGGAGCAGGGCAAGAACACGUGAAUGUCACAGUAAAAACCGCAUCGGGUGCAGCGCUACCGUCGCUUCUCGACGUAGUUGCUCCUACCGCUCCAGUGAAUAGAACACAGCCACCAAUGGAAGAACAGGCGAGACUUCUGAACUGGACCUCUCUCAUCCAGGUAACGAGGAAGAAGAAGGCACUGGUCAGGCACAUUCUUUUGGAGAGGAACAGCGAGAUGAGAACUGCACAGCUGCUAGAUAGGGAUGAACAACACGAGAAUAAAGCUGCAAAGAAUAAACCACCAUGGUCCUCAACCACCAUCCCCUUCUCCAGCGGUCUCUGCCUCGGCAUUGCAGACUGUUUUGUCCGGAGAAAACACCAACUCGAUUCGGAGACGACGCAGUGUCAGGAAGACCGGCACUUCGUGUUCCACCACCCCGCGAGCAAAAAGUUUUUGCAAACCACCAUGAACCUACAGGACUUGCUGACUUUGCUAAAGUACAACAUUGCGCUGAACCUGAAGGGGGCCGCGAGUCACGACCUGGGACUCUGCGACCCGCGGUACUACGUCAGGCCGCAGGGGGCGAGUUUGUGACACUAAUGUGGAGAACAUGAAAAUCAUAUUGCAUCUACUUACUUACUUAAAAAGACGAGCAGAGCUACGAUCAUGAGAAAGUUGGUUUCCGUACUCGUGAAUUCUAAUACGCAACGCAACGAGCAGCCUAAUCGUGCUCAUUCGCAUCAAAAGAAGCAU